AAUAAAAACACUGCAGAGAAGAAGAAAACAAAAAGACUUCAGCACAAAAGACCUCCGCCGUCGCUCCAACCGACGCUCUUCUCCUCUGCGUUGCGCCCCCGCCAGUCGCCACCGCCAACCAGACACUGUCACACCAGUGAUCGACUCGCCACCUCGCAGCUUCAUCUUCAAGCUUCAAUCGCCACCAGGUGCCCAGCUUCGUUCAACCGUUGCCGGCUCAAUCUUCACCCUUAGGUCUCAGGGUAGAAACAAUUCUAUUUAAGAUUUGGCCAUUGUUUGGUCUUGGGACGAAGUAUAAAGAAAGAAUAUGCUUUCAGGUUUGAAGUUCAUCCCUCGUAGCCAACUAGAUGAGGAAAAGAAUGAAGACUCAGAUGAUUCACAAAAACAUAGAAAAGAAUCUCGUCGUAAAAAGAAAAAAGACAGGAAGAAGAAGAAAAGAAGUUCCCGUUACAGUAGUUCAGAUGAUGAUCUUGAAAGAGUGAAAACUGGAUCUAGAAAAAAGAAGAAAUGGUAUGCUUCAGAUGAGGAUUUUUCCUCACGUUCAGAUGAUAGUAGCAGUGCUUUUUCAGACAUUUCUGAGAAAAGGAAAACUAACAGGAAGAAAAAGCAGAAGAGAAAAAACAGAAAUAGCUCUGAUGACGAAGGCAGAGGCAGUUCCAGAAUUAAAGAAAGAAGUCAUAGAAAAGAUGCCUCGUCUGAUGAUUAUUCAUCAGAGGAUGGUGGUAGUAAAAGCUAUAAGGAGAGUGUAAGGAAAGAAAUGGGGUUGGAGUGGAUGCUUAGGCCUGCAGACAGUGCAGAGAAGGCUUCUAAAACUGCUGAGUCUGCUGAGAUUAAACCAGAGGAAAAUCUAGCUGAGGAGACUAGAAAAGUAAAUCCAAGAGAACUCAACCCAUAUUUGAAGGAUAAUGGAAGUGGUUAUCCUGAAGAUUCAGAAGGAACCAAGGCCAGUGGCGAACAACUUUUGUCUUCUGCAGUUGUUGGUGAUGGGGGUGCAAGCUGGAGGCUAAAAGCUUUAAAGCGAGCUAAAGAGCAAGCUGCUCGUGAAGGACGAAAGUUGGAUGAGGUAGUUGAAGAACGGUGGGGUUCAAUGAGUCAACUAGCUGUUUCUGUUGCAUCCCGCAAAGUUGCCCCAACCCAUGCUCAUCUUCAUGCCAUCAAAAGUAGGAGGAGGGGUGUAAUGGAGAAUGAGAAUGUAGACAAACACGAAGAGGGAUCUGUUGAGAAGGGAGCACCUCCUUCGAACCCGAAAAUGAGAAUGCCAAAACUUAAAGAUUCAUUGUCUUGGGGCGAGCGAAAAAAGCAGAAAAUAUCAAGCGAGGAUACUCAGAUUCUUUCUUUUGCAAUGUCCAGCUUAAAUAAAUUUGCAGAUGAUGGAAGCUUUUUGUCUAAAUUUAUGCAUCCCCCCAAAAGUGACAACUCUGGUGACGUUGUUUGUGAUUCCUCUAAUUCAAAGCCUGAAGCAUUCAAUGAGGUGAGACCAUUGGAAUCUAAGAAAGGUAGUGAAGACACUUCAAUGGUGAGGCCAGCCUUGAGUGCAAAUCAACUGGCAGCCAAGGUGAUGCAGCUGCGCAUGAAAGGAUUGCAUGAUGAAGCAGACAAACUUAUGAAAGAAGCAGAAGAUAUGAAAGCAAGGCAAGUUGCCAACGAUGGUAAUGGUGAUGAGUCAAACAGAUUACGAAUUGAUGGGAGCACAAGCAGCUAUAUUAUGCACGAGCUGUCCAGUCGGCAAAAGAAUAGAGAGGAUGAUGCUGACCUGCAUUUAGCUAACAAGAUUGCGCGGCACCAAAAGUAUAGUAUGUCUAGCCAGGCAGAUGAUGAAUAUGAUUAUGACAAUAGUCCAAGAAGAAAGAAUCGGAAGAAAGGAGGAGGGGGAAACAGUGGCAAAUCAGCUAAUGUAACUAAUUUUGCAAAUCGCAUUUUGACUCAACAGGAGCGCUGUCAGUUCUGCUUUGAGAAUCCAAAAAGACCAAAACAUUUGACUGUUGCCAUUGCAAAUUUCACUUACUUAUCGUUACCGCAGUGGCAGCCCAUUGUCCCAGGUCAUUGUUGCAUUUUAACCAUGCAGCACGAAUCAGCUACGAGAUCUGUUGACGAUAAUGUUUGGGAGGAAAUUCGGAAUUUCAAGAAAUGCCUCAUUAUGAUGUUCGCAAAGCAAGAGAAGGACGUUGUGUUCCUUGAAACUGUUAUGGGAUUGGCAAAGCAAAGGCGUCACUGUUUAGUUGAAUGCAUUCCUCUACCACAAGAUGUUGCAAAACAGGCACCUCUCUAUUUCAAGAAGGCGAUUGAUGAAGCCGAAGAUGAAUGGAGUCAGCAUAACGCAAAGAAGCUCAUAGAUACAAGUAUAAAAGGGUUGCGGGCUUCAAUCCCCAAGGAUUUUCCAUACUUCCAUGUUGAAUUUGGUCUAAAUCGGGGGUUUGUCCAUGUAAUUGAUGACGAAAAGGGUUUUAAAAGCAGUUUUGGGCUCAACGUGGUAAGGGGUAUGCUAAAGUUGCCAGCUGAGGAUAUGCAUUCACAUCGGAAGCAUGAAUCUAUAGAGACGCAGAAGCAAGCUGUUGCAAGUUUUGCAAGAGACUGGGAACCUUUCAAUUGGACAAAGCAACUUGACUAAUUUCUAAUGCGUUUUGCUUUGCUAAUGUCUCAAUGUUUUCAUGCAUAUAUAGCCUACAUGGGCUGGUUCAAGCACUGAACCAUUCAAAAUGACUACUGACUACUAUAACUACACAAGGGAUCCAUACUUCCAUGCUUUGAGUCACGUUUAGUCUAUUUGUUUUAAUUUUGUUAAUUUAUUAUCUCUA